AUGGACGGAGCAGGAGCUUGUAUUCUGUUGGCAUCAGCAGUGGCAAUGUUGGCCUCAUGCCACAAAGUCUGCUUCAUCGGAUCGGAGUACGACCCCCAAGCUGGUAUCCCACUUCGUUGGUUCCUGCCGUACAAAGUCCCAUGCGAAUGCACAGCUGUACGUCUCGGUGGGACGCACAUCCCUGCUUCAUCAUACCGCCAGGGGGCGCCCCACUACCUAAAGGAGCUUUUCCUCACAGAAACGGCUGAGUGUUCGAGUCCAGAGGCUCUUGGCAUGGAGGACGGGACAAUCCCUGAUGAUCACAUCACGGCGUCCAGCGUUUGGGAGUCCACCAACUAUCCUGGCUGUUGCCCACCCCAAAAGGGACGGUUAAACAGUGACAGUAUAUGGGCACCAUCGAGCAACCCCGAUUCCUGGAUCGAGAUGGACCUGGCUACAAGCACGGUUGUAUCUGGCGUCAUCACACAAAGCCUGGCGCUCGGGAAGUUUAAUGGAUAUGUAACGAUGUACAAAGUGGCCUUUAAGAAGCAGUCCACCUCUCAAUGUGAACACGUGAGAGAUGGAAACGGAAACGUCAAGCUGUUCAAGGGUAACACCGAUGCCCGCUGCACCCCUGUCACCAACAUGUUUAAUGAGAGUGUGGUGGCGUCGGUAGUGCGCAUCGAGCCUACCGAAUGGCAUGUCUGGGUUCGUCUGCAAUUGGAGUUGCUUGGAUGUCGCCGUAAUUAA